GUCAACUCGUAUGUAUAAGAAGCAGGUAGGGACUUCUAAUCUUGAAAUGGUUCAAUGUCGAUUCAUUCUGGACCGUAAUCUCUACAAUCGUCCGUUCAUACACACGCAGCAUUAUGUCUCCCAACAAAAACCCUGGCGUUGGCACCAAGGUCACCCUUGGUGAAGAUGCCCCGGUCACCCUCGAGGGCGCCGGUCUAGUUCCCUCCGACUCCCUUGCCGCUGAGUCCAAACGCGAAGGAGGUGAAUUCUCAUCAAACCGAGGUAUCCGCAGUGAGAACGUACCCAGUUCCGACAAUAAAUCAUCCGCGACGCGCCGCAGAUCUCACUCCGAGGGCGCUCUCAAAUCUUCCGAAGAUAUUGCACCAACCCACGUCAGCAGCCAACAUCGCCGUGAUCCAAAUGGUCCCCAUGGGAAGAACUUACACGAGGGUGGCUGGGACGAGUCGAAAGCAGAGGAUGGCAUCCAAAAGGCAUUCAACGCUGAGCCUGGAAGCAUGGAUGACCCGAGCCGGUUGGCAGAACGCCAAUUUCAAUUGAAGCAGGCGGCAGGGCGGCAUGCCGAGUCCAGGCAGGUAGACGUGGAGGACAAGACGGUGUAUGAUGCUCUUGAAUCGGAGGUUCCUUCGUAA